CAAAACAACCGAGGAGAUAAAGAUAAUGACACACAUUCCAUAUACGCCUGCCAUUUUUAGUUCUUGUAAAGUAUGAUUUUUAUCAUUGACAAAUGAUAUGACAAUUUCUUGAGAGAAUCUCUCCCUUCUUUCUAGAAUAUCUAGAGAGAAGGUGACUGGAGGUUGGUAGGGUACCGGACUCCCACUCUGGUGGACUGUGGUGAAUCUUUCUCGUCUUCCCUGCACUGGACGAAGAACUCUCUUGGUGGUGGCAUUCCCAUUGUGAUGGAGGGGCCUCCCUCGCAUGGGAUUUGACCGAAGGUUGCGGAGGUAGGGCGAGGAUUUUACUAGGAUAUGAUCAAAAAUGUACUAGAGAUAAAAGACACACAUGUUCGAGAAGUGAUGACACCUCUUGUAGAUGUAGUUGCAAUUUAUGGCAGUGCAACACUCGUUGAUUUUCAGAAUUUGUGGGAGACUCAUCAAUAUUCAAGAGUACCAGUCUUUGAGGAGCGUAUUGAUAAUAUUGUAGGGAUUGCAUAUGCCAUGGACAUGCUUGACUAUGUCAAAAAGGUUGAGAAGCUAAAAGAAAUCACGGUGAACAAUAUUGCGCGCAUGCCAGCGUAUUUUGUACCAGAUUCAAUGCCCGUCUGGAAUAUGCUGAGAGAGUUUCGCAUAAGGCAGGUUCAUAUGGCUGUAGUGCUUAAUGAAUAUGGUGGAACAGUCGGUAUUGUGACCCUAGAAGAUGUUGUUGAAGAGAUUGUUGGUGAAAUAUUUGAUGACAAUGAUUCAAAGGAGGAAAUCCAACGGAAAACAGGGUACAUUGUGAUGCGAGAUGAUGGGGCAUUCGAUGUCGAUGCCAACACAAGUAUUGAUCAACUAUCAGAAGAACUAAAUAUUAAAAUACCAGAGGGUCAUCAGUAUGAUACAGUAUCUGGCUUUGUCUGUGAAUCCUUUGGAUAUAUUCCUGAAGAAGGUGGGAAGAUCAUAGUGGUACUUGAGAAGGCAAAUAAAGAAGAGGAUACUGAAGUCAUUGAAAUAACAACGGAUGACCAUGAUGAGAAGAGAUUUCAAUCGUUUGAACUUGAGAUACUUGAAGCUAAUGAAAGAAAGGUUGGUAAAGUUCGUUUUAUACCAAUCAACAAUGAGCAUGGAGAAAACUUAGAUAAUAAGGGCGUGACUCGAAAAGUAGAUAAGCAAGCAAACAAAUCCAUAAAUGAACUGGACAGCUCGGACGAAGAGAUUGAGAUGGGAUUCAAAGAUGGAUGCUCCCACGAGGCCAGUUUUGCAGCAGGAUGAGCUCCAACAUAAAAAUUCCUUGAUUCAUAACAAUAGUCAAAAGCUAGAUAAAUAACGAGAAAAGAGCAGCUUUUCUUCAGAGUGAGAAACAUGGGAAAGUUAUGACCAUAAUCCAACCAAACGGAUUGCGGCCUCAAAGGAUAUAUCAAGUCGCCAUGGAAGAACCACACAGGUCGUCGUGCAGCUUAAGCCAGCGCUUGCAGGAUCUGCCUCUUCUCCCUCAUCUGUUUGAUCUGUGGUAGCCACUUGAACCUCUCUUGCAGCAUUGCAACGGAGGAGCAGAGGACUAGUCAUUAUUCUGCUCAGCCAUUUUAAGAAUAAAAACUGAUUCAACAAUGGGUUGUAUUCUUGUUCGCUUGUGCUCUUGUAUUUGUCGGUCAAAUAAGCUUUCUUUCUCUCA